CGUUAAAAAGAAAAAUACCCUAAUGCAGAGUUGCUCUUCUUCAUCAUUCAAUAUAAAUCUUAGCCGACCACAAAUUGAAGCCGGCGUCGGCGCCGUCUGAGCGAGGCAAGUUGGAGAGCCACGCCGGCGAACCAAGUUGGACAACGCCUGAUUGCCGGAAACCCGAAGAAACUGUCAGCCGAAUCCCAAUAGCAAGGGAGGGUUUAUUGCAGACUCAUAAAAAAUGGCUCUUCGUUUCGAGAUAUUAGGGAGGUUCAAUCGUGCUCGUGCUGCGAACCUAACACUCCCUCAUCAUGUGUGCCAGACACCUCUUUUCAUGCCUGUGGGAACACAAGGAACUAUAAAAGGUUUGGCAACUAAUCAGCUUGAGGACAUUGGUUGCCAGAUAAUACUAGGGAAUACAUAUCACUUGGCACUUCGCCCUACUUCUGAGCUCAUUGAUGAACUAGGAGGUCUACACAAAUUUAUGAACUGGCCGAGAGCAUUGCUUACUGACUCUGGUGGCUUUCAAAUGGUAUCAUUAUUGCAUUUAGCUGACAUUACCGAGAAGGGUGUAACGUUUCAGUCCCCAGUUGAUGGAAAGCCAAUGCUUCUAACUCCCGAGGAAUCAAUUCAAAUUCAAAACAGAAUUGGAGCGGAUAUCAUAAUGGCUCUUGAUGAUGUGGUCAAAACUACUAUUACUGGUCCUAGAAUUGAGGAGGCAAUGUAUCGCACUCUUCGAUGGAUAGACAGAUGUAUAGCUGCUCACAAGAGACCAAAGGAGCAGAACUUAUUUGGAAUUGUGCAGGGAGGCUUGGAUCCUGUUCUUAGGGAUAUAUGUGUAAGAGGCUUGGUGGAUCGAAAUUUACCUGGCUAUGCCAUUGGUGGUCUUGCAGGUGGUGAAGAUAAAGAUUCAUUUUGGCGCGUUGUUGCUCAGUGUACUGCUGCAUUGCCCGAGGAUAAACCACGAUAUGUUAUGGGUGUUGGUUAUCCACUGGAUAUUGUAGUUUGCAGUGCCUUGGGUGCUGAUAUGUAUGACUGCGUUUAUCCAACCCGUACUGCUCGUUUUGGCACAGCUCUUAUACCAGAGGGAGUUCUGAAACUAAAAAAUAAAGCAAUGGCUGAUGAUACUCGGCCCAUCGACCCUACAUGUGAUUGUAUGGUCUGUAAAAAUUAUAGUAGAGCAUACAUUCAUUGUCUUGUGACAGUAGAUGCAAUGGGGUCUCAACUAGUUUCAUAUCAUAAUCUGUAUUACAUGAUGAAGCUUAGCAGAGACUUACACUCCUCAAUAAUUCAGGGAAAAUUUCCGGAGUUUGUUUGCGAGUUUCUGCAGACAAUGUUCCCAAAGGGUGAUGUUCCUGAAUGGGUCUGCAAUGCCAUGGAGGUAGCUGGAAUUGAUAUCUCAUCGUGUUCUCAUCAUGCUGUCCUCACGAGAUAGGAUAUGACUUUAUGUCUAGACUAAAUGCAGUUAGUGAAAAACGAGUUACUGAUAUGUCGCCUGGUUCAAGUUCCGGGCAUCCUCGAGUUAACCCAGAAAAAGUUGAAACACUUCGUCGAACAACUACUUUCGGACGCAUAAUGAGUAGGUGCAGACAUUUCAUCAACAGAUUAAUGCAGUGUUUUUCUUAGUAUCUUACCUUUGCUUGCUACACCCCCUCAAGCCAUCAUAUGAUUACACUACUAAUUUUUAGGAUAUACUUAAAUUAGUUUUAAUAUGUGUUAAGCUUAUUUAUAUUAUUGCUAGAAACAUUAAAUAUUUAUUACUUAACCCAUUUUUGCAUCAUGAAUUUUGUAUAAAUAAUACGAAAACAGACGGCCGACUAAGGAUCGCCAACCUCUUUACUAGAGAAAGGUUUCGCCGACAAAGCCUUUUUGCCGGGCUUGGCGCAUAUA